CGCCCCCGGGCGCUGCGCGGCGGCUGCAGAAGAGGAGGAGACCGGCGGGCCCGGGCAGAGAGGCGCGGAGCCGUGCCGAGCCGAGCCGUGCCGAGCCGUGCCAUGCCAAAGCCGGGGUACCGCUGAGGCGGGGCGGGCCAGGCCAGAGGCGGGGGCUCCCCGGCGGGGGCCCGGCUCCCGAGGAGGAGGCAGGAGGAGGCAGCAUUUCGGCGCGGGGAGCGGCUGCGCAGCCACCGGGCCAAUGAACAUGUCCGUGUUGACUUUGCAGGAAUACGAAUUCGAGAAGCAGUUCAACGAGCAUGAGGCCAUCCAGUGGAUGCAGGAGAACUGUACAAGAGUGGUGGACAACUCCGGCUGUAAAGUCACGUGGACUCCGAUCAUCCUUUCCCAAAGCCUGCGGAACUGCAGAGAGAUCAAUCUGUUCUUCCCAGCGCUUCAGUGCCUGCCUAGGGAGAGAAAAAACACAGGAAGAAAUCAUUCCUAUUUUCAGCACUGUAUGCUGCCUUUAUAUUUGGUGGUCGGCACCUAAUGAACAAGCGAGCAAAAUUUGAACUGAGGAAACCACUAGUGCUCUGGUCCCUGAGCCUUGCCGUCUUCAGUAUACUUGGUGCUGUUCGAACUGCUCCUUUCAUGCUGUACAUUUUGAUGACCAAAGGCCUGAAGCAGUCAGUGUGCGACCAGAGUUUUUACAUUGGACCUGUCAGCAAAUUCUGGGCAUAUGCAUUUGUGCUAAGCAAAGCACCCGAACUAGGAGAUACAAUAUUCAUUAUUCUUAGGAAACAGAAGCUCAUCUUCUUACACUGGUAUCAUCACAUUACUGUGUUACUUUAUUCUUGGUAUUCCUACAAGGACAUGGUGGCUGGCGGUGGCUGGUUUAUGACCAUGAACUAUGGAGUGCACGCCGUUAUGUACUCUUACUAUGCCUUGCGGGCUGCUGGCUUCAGAGUCUCACGCAAGUUUGCCAUGUUCAUCACCUUGUCGCAGAUCACCCAGAUGCUGGUUGGUUGUGUAAUCAAUUACCUGGUCUUCUCCUGGAUGCAGCAUGGCCAGUGCCAUUCCCAUGUGCAGAACAUCAUCUGGUCCUCUCUCAUGUACCUCAGCUACUUUGUGCUCUUCUGCCAUUUUUUCUUUGAGGCCUAUAUUGGCAAAACGACAAAAGCAAGGAAGGUUGACUAGUGGUAGAAAUGAGACAGAAGCCAUAGCUCAGGGUCAUCAAGAAAAACAAAAUCAUAAGAAAAGAAAAUGGCACAAGGAUACACAUAUAUGUAUGGUGCAGAUCAAACAUGGCAGCUUAGGGAAAGUUAGCUUGGUUUAACCCAGUAAGUUUAUGAUCCUACCAUGGUGAGGACUCACUGAAAUCUACUCUAUCUCAAAGGACUGCUGAUGAAAGACUUCUUCCUUCUUGUACCUGUCUGCUCUCAAAAAGAAAGGAGAAAAGGAGAAACAGAAAAAAUAAAAAUAAAAAAAAGGAAAGAAAAAGAAGAAAAGAGAAAAGGAAUAAUGUUGAGGGGGAAAAGUACAUUAAGUAAGCUUCCCCAGGAUGGAAGAGAGACUUUUAUUAUGAAAAUCGAGUUUCUAAAUCCUUUCUAAUAGUUUUUCAGUGUUAAACUUGAACAAAACAAAGCAGAGAGGUGACAAAAAAAAAUCUAUCUACGAUACCAGUAGGAUUGCAAAAUUAAAAUCUUUUCCAUAAAAGGUUAAUACCUUUAGCCAAAACAAAACCCAAAAGGAUGUCACAUACACCUGUGUAGAAGUGGUUGAACGUCGUCGUGGUUGUGAACGGAAGCGAAACGAGAUUGAUUUCUCCGCUCUGUACUGUGCCAGGGGAGCAGAGCUGGAAGGCAGUCACCUCACUUGGGUGGCAGGAAGGAGCAGUACUCGUACAAGAGCUUAAUGUGAAAAGAUGCACUGUUGCAAUACAUAUCUCGGCGAGUGCAUUUUCCAAGUGCAUUUUUCAGCUAAAGGCAAGGAAUUUCUGCAGCAGGAUAAGUCAUAGAGGGUUAAAUCAAUCAAUAUUUGCUUAAUUACCAGGGUCUAAUAGCAGAUGAAUGUUCAGGAAGGAGGGGGAGGCGACUCCCCGACCAUGAUUUUUAAGAAUUAUCCGCUAAUCUCAAAUUAACCCGCAGCGACACGGAAUCAAAUGGGGGAAAUGAGAAGCCAGCCUAGCUGGCGAGCAGUGAGCGACGUCUCUACCCACUGAUUUCAGAGCAGAGCCAGCAGUACGACGGAUGCUCGCCGUGCGCUUUUGUGGAUCUGGGAAGAGGCAAGGCGACCUGCCAGGCUGGGCAAAGAUGUGUCAAGAGCCCUCCUCUGGUCAUGUGGAGAUAUUACUACAAAAGAUGCUCGGAAUAGGUUUUUAUUGAGAUUUGUAUAGGAAAUCAGUCUGAAUGGAGUGAUUUUGCUGCAACGGCUUAGCUCUAAUGUCCAGAGGGAAUCGUCCUUCACUAAACGUGUAUCUCUCUCUCUGCAGAGUCUGUACUGUAACAUCAGACUGACCACUUAAGAAGACACUUUUCUUCUCUGAAGUCAGCUACAGAAAUAAGGAGAAACGUAUUUCACUCUGAACCUUAGAGAGCUAGUUGAUAACAGCCAUAUUCUCUCAAAGACGAGUAGAUUGCAUUAUCUGUGAUAUUCCAGUCCUUACGAAGCCAAAUAAAAUGUGUAAAAGUUCCUAGUAUUUCAAAGACGCAAGUAUGUAAACUUGAUGUUAAAUGUGUUAAUGUAGUACUCUAAAUUGUAUCAGUUAGGUAGCUUAACUAAACAAUUAGAAGAACUAGAUCAACAAAAUAGGGACUGCUGUUCUGCGUAGGAUAUACACACCUAUAACUACACCCAUAUACACAUUCUGUGAAUUGUCAACAAGAAAAAAAGCCCAGUGGCAGAGAAUCACCUUUCCUGGCUAAUGCAAAAGAUUGUCAUUAUCUUCCUUGCUUUAAUUUGAGAUUGUACAGUGCAAAGGGUUUUGUUUUGUUUUGUUUUUAAUUAUGAUUUUUAGCUUUAAUUGUGCUGUCAUUCAUGAAACAGAGCUGCUUUAGUAUCUUGUUAAGAGAUGACAAGGGCUUUUGGUGUCUCAUUAUAUACAAAAGAAAAACAAAUAAAGUUACAUUCCAUG